UAAAAUACACUACAAACAUUUACACAAUGCAAUAACGUAGUUAUCAAUACAUUUCAAUCGAGCUGCCAACUCAUUGCUGUUUUAAGUGUUGUUGUUACAAAAACAAUGGCGCCUAAACGCGAAAAGAAAGAUAAAAAAGAGAACACAGAUGAUGACUCCAAGCCGCAACCACCCAAUAUAUUUCUAUAUAUUCAGCUGGCCAGCAUUGGUAUUCUGCCCACCACAAAACAUGCACUCGAAAUACACAUGGAUCAAGGAGAAAGCGUCAUUGUGAAAUGCGUAGAGCAAUACGACACCGAAGGCAUUAUUUUGGAGCAAGAAUUCCACACCAAGCCCACAUACACAUUAAUCUUUCAACAGGACAACCUGGAUCGCAUUAAUCAGGCCGCAGAUAAUCCACUGCUCAUCAAACUCUACAUGCGCAAAGUGGAAUCAUCGACGACUUUCACGGAAACUGAGGUGGAGCAGGAAACGUCUCUGACCGAAGAAGAUAAAGAAGAAAACACAGUGGCUGCCGUUAUUGAAGAUGUGACACAUCUGUCGCCUACUCCAGAUGCAGCCCAGGUGAAUAUCGAAGUGGAUUACUUUGCCGACAAUGACGAUCUGUUGCUGCUUUGCGUGGGAUACUUGGAUCUGAUCAAACUCUUUGGCCAUCAUCGCUGCAUGGUGCGCGAGGAACUUUACCUCUACCCCGUACCCGAUGUGCCCAACGAGUUGCGCUGCACCGUCCACUCGGAGUGGCAUCUGUACACUUUAGUGCCCAUUGCCAAGGAAAUUGCGUUCACCAAUAUGGCGUUUGUGUCUUUCGAGUCCAUCUACAAUCUGAAUGAGAAUUAUGCACUCAAUGUGGACACCCUUGAAGUGCAGCUAAGCUUUCGUUCCACACAGCCGGUGACACGCAACGAAUACCAUGUGAUUCCUUGGUGCAGCUUUAACAGAUUCAGCGACGUUUGCAUUGCCAAUCAGCAUAGUUAUUUGCUCUUUGAAUCGUUUCGCAGCAAUGUAAGUAUUGACAAUUGUUUGGGCCUCAAGUCCACCAUGGAGGUGAGCAUCCAUCAGCUGUUCCAGCAGCUCAUGCGUUCCGAGAACUUAGACGUGGUCUUCAAUGCCAUAAGUCCACAAUUCGAUAAUGCUCUGAUUUGCAAUACAUUCCAUCGCUAUAUACUCACCCGUGAAAUGUCCGACGCAUUGUACAAUGUAUUUAUCCUGCAACGUUAUGUUAUUCUAGUGGAGGCCUUUCAGACAGCAAGCGCUACGGACAACAAAGGAACAAAGGGAGCUAAAGCCAGCAAGCAAAAGGUAUUCGAGGGGAUUUUGGAUCCAGCAAUUAUGCUUUUUCCCGGUGUACAAACAAUUCGCUUUGCUGUGGAGCUUAAGUAUCUGGGCAUCCAAAAGAAAGCGGUGAAGACGAAGCGAGUCACUAUGGGCACUUCGAAACAACGCCGCAGCAGCACAGAGCCCCUGGAACCCACCUUUGCCAUCAUCAAGCUGUGUCUCUUGGCACCGCUGGGUGAAACUUAUCACGAGCUGAAGGUGUUUCGAGAGAGCUUCAUAAGCCAGAAUCGACUGUUGCAUUGCAAUAAACCGCCAUCGGAACCACCGAAAGCGACGCUCUGUGAGAUUCAACGUGAAGUAUAUUUGCGUUUCGAUGCAUUCGUACGCGAUACGAUUCGUUAUAUUGUGGACAAGAAUGUGCAGAGCGUCGAGGAGAAGCGCAAUCAUUUCUGCUGUGCGUUGCAGAAUCUCAGCAACAUACUGCUGAAAUUGGUGGGCAGUGAUUUCAAUAAUCGCAUACACACCAGCUCCAAUCAUGAGUUCCGAAAUAUCUGCGUACUUGCAUUCAAUGAGUUGGAGACGCGUACCCACAACCUUCUGGAGAAGAUCGAGGACGAAGGCUUUGAUGAGCUUAUUAAGGAUAGGCACAAGAAGAGCGAACAACUUUUCGAUGCAAUGAAUGCCAUCAAAUUGAUGAAUGCGGUGGGGGAUAAGCGCAUGGCUAGUUAUUUCUAUGAAAAGGAAAAAGAUCACAGUGGGCCGCUUUUCGAAUUCUAUGAUCUGAUUGUCAAAAUGGAGCAAUCCGAGUAUGUAGCUGCCAAGGCCUUUUUUAAAACUGUCCAAAUUCUUUCACCGCUACAAGAUUAUUUAGCUGGUUGGAUUCGCAUAUUCAUCAACUAUGUGGACACACGCGAUGAUCCCGAUCCCACAAUCUCGUCGAAUGCUAAUGAGUGUCUGUUGAAUAGCAUAACACAAUAUGCAGAGACACAUGUUAGCAAAUUGGAUGGUUGGAUUUUGCUUUAUUGCUAUUACAAGCGCUUUGAUUAUGCGCCUGGUUUUAACUACGCACGUUGGCGUCUUGAGGAAGAGUUGACGAGCCCGUCGCAUAGAGUGAAUGAGGCUGCGGCACCUCUCAGCAUUUGGGGCAUUUCGUUGAACAUGAAUCCUGAAUUUGCAAAGGAGAGCGGCCACAUGUUCUUUGUGUGCUUCAAGUUGUUUGUGCGUCUGGGCCUUUAUGAAUUUGGCCAGGUGAUCUUCAACGAGUUCCAGUCGCAGUGCGAUGAGGUAGAUCGUUAUUUGAUUAGCACACAGCUGAAAAUAUUGCUUAAACAGCUCGAUGACGAUUUUGAGCCCGUCGAGCACGGUGGCGUUGGCGAGGACAACGGCGAGGAGGAAGAGCUGACGCCCCAAGCAGCGUUUGUGGCACAGGUAAAUGGCAACGUUGAAUUCGCACGCGGCAACUGGGAGAAGGCAGCCAAUUACUAUGAGCGCAUUGUGGAUCAAUCAUCUGGCUUUGAGGGUGAACGUGAUAACUAUUUGCUGAGCAAACUACGAUUCGCUUACAUAUCCUAUGAGAUGGACAACUUUGACCAGACAGUGAAUGCGUUGAGUCAACCCUUUGACGGUCAACUAUUGUCGCUCUUCUGCAACUACUUGAUGGGCAAAGCCUACUACAGACUGUAUGAUUUCAACAAGGCACUGCAGUGCUUUAUUACCUGCACCUCCUUUGGUGCGCACGUGCCGAACAUUUGGGGUUUCUUGGCUCUGAUUAAUCUGCAUCUGGGCAACAAUGUGAAUGCCAUCAAUUGCUGGAAAUAUGCUAGAAUUGAUCCGACUAAAUGCAUUACAGAUGAAACGAUUUUUGAGGAAUUGGAACUCAUUGAUGUGGACAGCGUGGAUCUGUUUAUCGAUGGGCCUAGUUCUGGUUCGACCACCUCCUCUACCUUCAGCUUUACCGAUGAUGAAUAGUGAUAUGUAGUGUUGUGUUGACUGCUACUAUUAAAAUUGUUGAAUGCCGAGGCAACAGAUAGGCAGCAUCACAUUCUUAGCUCUUGUCUCGGCAUCCCUCAACUUGAUUUCACCCCAA